UCUUAUCUCGUGAUGGGACAUCUCAUCCUCCUGAGUGAUCUCUGAGGAGUCAUUUUGGGAACUGUCCUUCCUGCUCAGAGCCUGCAGAUUCCACCACUGUCUGGAGGGAUCAGGAGCUCCCCCAGUGGUCCUUGGUGCGGUUCCCCUUCAGCACUUUGAGAACUUUGUGACAACCUGGAGCCUUAACCCUCAGCUCCUGCACCCCCAAGACCUCCCGGGAUCCUCCGGCUGGGCACUGUGAGGCUGAGGGAACUUUGUUAAAGCCGGAAGCCAGGCUUUGCAAUUAAAAAUUGCUUCCAGAGUAUUCAGUAUUCACACCUAUCCUGUGUCAUACUUCCUUCUUGAUGGCUCUACUGAAAAUGACCUUCCUCCCUGCCUUGGGACUCUUGUUGGCAUACUAUUUCUACCCAACCACAGACAACUUCAGAUCAGAGAUGCUCCAAGGGAAAAGGGUGAUUGUUACUGGUGCCAGCACAGGUAUUGGAGAACAAAUAGCCUAUCACCUGGCACGGAUGGGAGCCCACUUGGUGGUGACAGCACGGACUGAGGCAAAGCUGAAGAAGGUCAUCGCUGAAUGUUUGAAACUAGGAGCAGCCUCGGCACACUUCAUUUCUGGAACCAUGGAAGACUUAGUUUUUGCAGAGCAAGUAGUUAUCAAGGCAGAAAAGUUGAUGGGGGGGCUGGACAUGCUCAUCCUCAACCACAUUGAACAUUCCAGUUUGGAUUAUUUUAAUGGUGAUAUUGCCCGCUUACGUAAAUCAAUGGAUAUCAACUUCUUUAGUUAUAUAACCAUGACAUCAGCUGCCCUGCCCAUGCUGAAACACACCAAUGGAAGCAUUGUGGUGGUCUCCUCAGUAGCAGGGAAAAUAACUAUUCCACUUCUUGCUGGCUACUCAGCAACUAAGUUUGCUCUAGAUGGAUUCUAUUCUUCACUGCGAGUAGAAUUACAAAUGAUGAAGGUCAACAUAUCCAUCACACUCUGCAUCCUUGGCCUCAUAGACACAGAUAAUGCUGUAAAAGCUAUUUCUGAGGUUAUGGAAAAUCUAAUUCCAGCUCCAAAGGAGGAAUGCGCAUUGAAAAUCAUCGAAGGGGGAGUUUUACGUCAGGAAGAAAUAGCUUACCCAUUCUUUCCCAAAUUCUUACUAUGGAAUCCAAUCCGGAUGAUAAUGGAAUAUUUUUAUUUCUUAAACAUCAAAAUAGACAAAUUUAAUAGGAAGCUUUUCAUGAAAGAAAAUCCCCAACAAUAUAAAAGAGUAGAUUCUAGACCUCUUUUAGUGCCUUAGAGAGAUUAAGGGCAUUUUCCAUGAUUAAAUAUCUAAUGGUGUGGCAGAAACUCUGUGCCAUGGAAGACAGAGAUAGCUUCAAAGACAGAAAAGCCUCAGGUCAAAUUCUGAUGUAUACUAUAUGUGCAACUCUUAGCAAAUCACUUAAAUUUUCAGUGCCCUUGGCACAUUUCCAAGACUAUAAAUUUCAGAAUAGCUGAUGAUGGGCAAACCUCAUAUGAGAGUUCUCUACAUUGAUGAAACCACAGAUCAAGACCAAGAAACAAAACAAAACAAAAACCUAAACCCUUUAAUCAUCUCUCACAAAACAAAAUUUAUGAGGUUAAUAACUCCCUUUUUCUUCAGAUUUUAUCAUAGUUUAAACUAAAAUUUUAGAAGAAUCAUCAGGAUAGAAGGAGAGGAAGAGGGAAUAACGAUUUUGUUGGUAAACAAAAAUUUUCUGAAAACUGUGUUUCUUUUUUGACCCCUGGAGCCCCUUCAAAUGUAAACCCCUGAAAGUGACAUAAUACAAGGUAUAAUUAUUUGGGUCAGCA